GCGCGUUUGUAGGGGGCUUAAAGGCUGAGUUGGGUGCGGAGGUACGAUUGGACAGGCCAAGGUCAACAAGGGCUGCCAUGGAAGUGGCGCGACUGCACGAUGAUCAUCUCGUGGCAGUGCGCAGGGCCAGACCGAGCGAGGGGCGCACGGACGUUCGCCGCGCGAACGUCGUGGUCGACGAUACGCCCCCAUGGGUCGAGGUCAAGCCAACAGUCGGUGAUGGUACACGCACCACUAGCAACUACCGACGAUUGACGGAGGAUGAGAUACAAAGGCGAAGGGAGAAAGGCUUGUGCUUUACUUGCAACGAAAAAUUUGUGCCAGGCUACAAGUGCAAGGGUAAGGAAAUUUUUGUGUUGGAAAUUGAGGAGGGACGAGAGGAAGAAAAACCGCAGGAAGAGUCUUGGUUGCAUAUGGUGAAGUGCAACAAGCGUGGUCCUAAAAUGAUCAAAUUCACGGCCGAGAUAAAGGAUAUGUUGUUGGAGGUUCUGGUGGACAGUGGGUCGAGUUUGAAUUUCAUCGACGAAAGGAUAGCCCAAAAGCUGAAGUUAGUACCCACAAAAGUCAAGAGGUUUGGUGUCAAGGUGGCCAAUGGACACAAGCUACAAGGAAGUCAAUUAUUCAAGAAGGUCCCGAUAAUGGCACAGUAUCACGAGCUGGAGAUUGCUUUUUAUGCGUUACCACUUAAGGCGACAAAUAUUGUGCUAGGAGUACAGUGGCUGGAAACGCUUGGACCUAUCACGACUGACUACAAGCGAGGAAAGAUGGAGUUGGAAGACCAGGAAAGCGCAUUAAUAGAUGCCCUAAGCCGUAAGGUGAAGGGUGACUUGACGUAUGUUGUUACUCAGCAGAGCCGUCUUAUUCAGGAGUUCGCCCAGAUGCAGAUUCAGGUGGUUGAUGCACUUUCUACAGCCAUUACAGGGAGUGUCAGUUCUAUGCAGGUUCAACCGACGUUGAGGGAAAGGAUCCGGCGGGAGCAGGCUUCUGAUGUAUUUGUUCGUGCCAUUGAUGCCAAAGCCUGUGCCGGAGGCAUCGAGGGUUUUCACCGAGGCACUGAUGGGGCCUCGGAAUUUCGAGGAAUUGUGGUGCCAAAA